AUGGAUAAUAAUCAUGGUUCUUCAUAUCCUUAUAACUAUCCAUAUCCAUACCCUCACCAUUCAGCUCCUCCAAAUUAUGGGUAUCCACCCUCGGAUCCUUACUACCCUUCUCAACCCUACCCUUAUGGACCAUAUCCUCCUUAUGGUGCUUAUCACUAUCCUCCUCCACCACCAUCAUCAUACACAGAACCACCACCACAUUCAACAACCCAUUCAGGCCCUUUAGAUUAUUCUCACCAAAAACCUUCAGCGCCAUAUCCAACAGUCCAUUCGGGGACUUUAGACUAUUCAUAUGAGCCUUCAAAUCCACAACCAUCAAGCCAUUCAGGUCCAUUAGACUAUUAUCACAACCAACCACCAUCACCGCAUCCAACGACGAAUUCAGGACCUUUAGGUUUUAAUCGCCACAAUUCUGGUCCUUUAACUUAUUCAUCACCAUACGCUGCAUAUCCACCAGCACCACAUGUUUCAAAUUCAAUCCUUCAAAACAGUGGAAGUUUUCAAAAUUACCCUUCUGUUCAACCUCAAUCAAGCCAAUAUCCUUCUCCUGAUAGCAUUUCACAAACACCUUCUAGGGAUAAUAGCUUUUCCGAUCAUCAUAGACAAGAUAGUUCUUCAUCUUUAGGAAUUGGAUCAUCAUCAUCAAAUCCUGAUAAAGUUGAUGCUGCUGUUGCUGGUACUUCUUCUGCAUAUCCACCUUUGGAUGAUUUAGUAAGUAAUUUGCAUUUGAAUGAUAAGAAUAAUCAUCCCACCGCUCCUGCAUCCCCACCAGCACCUCCAGUGCCUCCAGCGCCUCAUUCCCUUCAAAGCUAUCAGGGCUCUAGUCUUGGAUAUGGUCCCCCGCAUGAAUUCUAUGGUUUUCCCAAUGACUCAUUUUCAAGUAAUUGGGAGGAAAAUUAUGCGGACAGAGUUGACUCGUAUGGUCACUAUCAUGCUUCUCCUUCUGCACAUUCACCCUCCUUGGAUGGAUCAAAGCAUGGCCAGGGUAUGGAGAUUAUGCCAGUGUCGGGUGGUAAAGGGUCUUUGAGAGUUUUGCUUUUACAUGGGAAUUUGGAUAUUUGUGUUUAUGAUGCAAAGAAUCUCCCAAACAUGGACAUGUUCCAUAAGACUUUGGGUGAUAUGUUCAAUAAAUUACCUGGAAGUAUAAGUAGCAAGAUUGAAGGACAAGUGUACACCAAGAUUACCAGUGAUCCUUAUGUUUCGAUUUCAGUGGCUCGUGCUGUGAUUGGGAGGACUUUUGUGAUUAGCAAUAGUGAGAAUCCUGUAUGGAUGCAACAUUUUUAUGUUCCAGUCGCACACUAUGCUGCAGAAGUGUAUUUUGUUGUUAAAGACAGUGAUGUUGUGGGUUCGCAGUUGAUAGGAGUUGUGGCAAUUCCAUCUGAACAGAUAUGUUCGGGGGAAAGGAUUGAGGGAGUUUACCCUGUUAUGAAUAACAAUGGAAAACAAUGUAAGCCUGGUGCUGCUUUGAGAAUUUCAAUUCAGUACAUACCCAUGGAGAAACUAAGUAUUUAUCACCAUGGUGUUGGUGCUGGUCCCGAUUAUCAUGGUGUGCCAGGCACCUAUUUUCCUCUUAGAAAAGGUGGAACAGUUACUCUUUAUCAAGAUGCCCAUGUUCCGGAUGGAUGCCUUCCAAAUUGGCAACUUGAUAACGGGAUGCAUUAUCUGCAUGGAAAGUGCUGGCAAGAUAUCUUUGAUGCUAUAAGGAAAGCUCGACGCUUAAUUUACAUUACUGGGUGGUCUGUGUGGCACAAAGUUACUCUGGUUCGGGAUGGUGGUCAGCAUUCUGGUGUCAGCCUUGGGGAUCUUCUGAGGUCCAAGUCGCAAGAGGGUGUACGAGUGCUGCUGCUUGUUUGGGAUGAUCCUACUUCUAGGAAUGUCUUGGGAUAUAAAACAGUGAGAAUCUUACCUAUAUUUAAUUGUUUAAUGGCAAUUUUCUAUUGUAGUCUGUGGUCAAAUACAUUUUCUUGGAACUUCUACUUCUCAUUGUUACAAUCCUUUGCAAAAUGUGGGCCUAUAUGUGAUUAG